GUGUCUCCUGCAAGAAAGAAAGAAAGAUAGAGAACGAUACGUUCGAAGUCAAAGUGCGCGACGAGGAAAGAACAACGCUGCCAUCAGUAAGAAAGAAAAAGAGGAAAAAAGAUAGAAGCAGAAGAAGGUGACAGUAAGAAAGAGACGGACAGAGGGUGGGUGGUGGUGGGGGGCUCUCGGGUUAAGUGAGAGGGAGAGAGAGGAGGUUGAAGGGAGUCGAGCGAGGAGAAUGACGGAUAGCCAGCAGCAGUUUUGCUUGCGUUGGAACAACUUUCAAGCUAAUAUCACCAGCCAAUUCGAGGCUCUCAGAGAUGACGAGGAUUUCGUCGAUGUCACCUUUGCCUGCGAUGGUAGGCGUCUCCAGGCGCACAAGGUUGUCCUCUCCGCGUGCAGCCCUUACUUCAAGGAGUUGUUCAAGACAAAUCCAUGCAAGCAUCCGAUAAUAUUUAUGCGUGAUGUGGAAUUCGAACAUCUACAGUCACUCUUGGAAUUUAUGUAUGCUGGGGAGGUUAACAUAUCUCAAGCAGAAUUACCUACAUUUCUACGAACUGCUGAGUCUCUGCAAAUCCGUGGCCUCACCGACUCUCAAAGUAAUCAGCACAACAGCGAAAAGCAUUUGAAAACAAACAACAUACACGCAUCAAACGGCCGUGGGCUGAUCUCACCAAAUUUGGAGGAGGACCGUAGUAAAACUCCACCAGCCUCCAGUCCUCCACCAUUAAAAAGGCUGUGCAAACGAAGUGAUUCGCCUCAGAUAUCUAGUCCAGUACCAGCUGCGGCGGCCUGUGCAACUGGAACGCCACGCACACGGCCAUUAAUUGAGCCACAGGUUCAACUUGACUGUUAUAAAGAUCUCGAUAUUGUUGAGCCAAAAAUAGAAUUACCAGAAUAUGGAAGCGAUGAUGAUUGUUCUCCAAAGCAGGAGGUUAAUGCACUGCCAAGUGGUUUUCUUAGCCUUGAUGGUGGCAUGGAAGUUUUACCAUCGUAUCCUCCUUCUUACCAGGGAGGAGGAGCAGGCGGCGGUGGAGGAGGCGGCGGUGGCGGGGGUAGUGGACCAUUAGAGGGUGGAAUGCCAGGACCAUCUCAUGCCGGCAGUACGGAAUUAAAUCAAGAGCAACAAGCUGACCUACGCAAACUGCACUCGUUGGACCCACGCCCUUGUCCUGUCUGCAACCGCAUGUACAGUAACUUGUCGAACCUGCGUCAGCACAUGCGCCUGAUCCACAACCCUCAGAGUGUCACAUGCCCCCUCUGUAACAAGCCAUUCAAGACCAAGCUCUACCUGAAGCGUCACCUGGUCAGCUUCCACGAACUCAGCGUGGCAGACAGGCAUCGUCAGGAAGAAAUCUAUCAACAGCAACCGAAAGCACAACAACAGAGUGGAGCUCAAACGCAUCUACAAAUUCAGGCACAACAGACUGAUAGCAAAUCCUUUUCUGCGCCGAGAGUCCCAGUAGAAGAGAGCACGGGAGCAGUGACUCUGGAGAACAAGUCAAGAGUAUUCCAAGAUGGUGCUUACGAGGUCAAUCAGACCAAUGUUGAAUCAAAGCACUUUCAAAGCAGCAUGAUGCAAUUCGAUGCUGCAUACCACUAACGCGCCUUAGUUUCUUCGGCCCAUAUGUGAAAGUUUUUGGUUGAGUAGACUUAAUGCCAGUUUCUGGCAGUUGUAAACUGCAAAUGAAGUUGAAUGUGGUCUUUCGAAGAAAAACUUACGUGCAGUGAAGAGAUUAGAAAUUUUGACUGUGAUGGAGAAUGUUCAAAAUUUUUAAUAUUUUAUACGAACAAUUACUUCAAAU